GAGACUAUCUACGAUGCUGCAAAUUCUGCUACCCGUUAUGCGCGUUUGUCAUUCUUGCGGCUUGUGUGGUAGCGUGUGUUGGCUUGGUCUGGAUGCAGGUGGCUCUCAAAGAGGAUCUGGAUGCAAUAAAGGAGAAGUUUCGAACUAUGGAAUCUAAUCAGAAGACAUCAUUCCAAGAAAUUCCUAAACUGAAUGAAGAUUUGGUGGAGAAUCAAAAGCAACUAGAACAAAUUGAGACUGGAGAACUGGGGCUAAAUAAAAUUUGGAUAAAUAUCACAGAGAUCAAUAAACAGAUUUCACUGUUGACCUCGACAGUAAAUCAUCUCAAAAACAACAUAAAGUCUGCUUCUGAUCUGAUUUCGCUUCCGGUCACAGUAGAGAAACUUCAAAAGACUGUAGCAAACAUAGGUAGCACGCUUACCAGUGUUUCUCAUGAUGUUGAAAACAUACAGACAGCUAUUGAAGAAUACAAGAAAUCCAUAGAAAUACUCCAGAAUGACGUGGAGUUAAAACCAAUACCUUCACUUCCCUCCACUGUUGUGCCAAGAACGGAGAGAAAUCAAACAGAAAAUUGCAAAAAGGAAAGCCAGUCGCUGCGUGCAGCUUUGGAGGAGUUAAAUAAUACUGUAGUGGUGUACCAGAAAUCGAAUGACAUCAAGCUUCUAAAUGUGGAUUCAGCCAUUGGUAACCUUAGCAGGAGGGUUACGCUGUUAGAAAACUCUCCCCUUGCUGGGAGUAAUCUGGACAAAAGAGACAACUUGUCUACCAGUGUGGGGAGCGAUGCAACUACCUCUCUAAAAGUGGAAAAUGAAGAUCAACUAGAUAAUGAAACUCACGCAAAUAAAGAACUGAAGGAAACAGAAACUAGAGAUUCUCAGGUAUCAACACUAAAAGAGAAACUUCAGCUGAUCAGUGCACUCACAGGCAAGACAGAAAACGACAGACCCGUUGAGGCAUCAAAGAAUGUUGAAAGUAGUGCGAGUACUACAACAAGGCCCACAGACCUUUCAAGGCUGGCUUCAAGGUCAGCUGAUGACAACACAAAGAGUAACGGACAGCUGGGACAUCUGUCCGUACCAGGAAUUUCCAGCAUUGAAGAUCUUCAGAAUUUGUUUGAAAAAGCAGCUGAAGAUGCUGAUGGAAAACUAUCUCAUGAAGAUCUUCAAAAGCUGGUUGGCUCUACAGCCCAAGAGUCACAGAGCUUUAAGAAAUUUGACACAGAUGGAGAUGAGAAAUACUCAUUACAAGAACUGCGAUUAGCAUUAGGUCUAUAGGAUAAAUAUUUAGAGAGAUGAUACUGAUGGAUGCUACUGUGGCUAAAGGAAACUACGGGACAUGAAAAACUACAUCUGCACUUUCCCAGUGUUUUACUGAUCUUUGGCGCUAAAUUACUGUACACCUUGCCACUUUUUUUUUCAGUUUGCAUUUAUUGAAAAGAAAUUUACAAUUCUAUAUGUCAACAGGACAUAAUAUUGGGACUGUGUUGAGAUCCAGAAAAUUCCCUAACUUGGAAACAUUUUCCUUUCAUUCUUUCCUUUUCAAGGGAGUUCUUGUUUUUAAUUUAAAAUGUGUACAUACUAAAAUAAACCUAUGGUUUUAUAUUUCACUGAAAUUUGCCUUAAAUUAGAGAGCUGCACUUUAUGUAGAAGCAGAAGGGAGUCUGUCUUGUAAAGAUGGGCUGCUUCUGCUUG